AUGGCCCCGCCGGCGCCGCACCUCGCCGACGAGAUCCUAGAAGAGAUAUUCAUCCGCCUGCCGACCCCGGCCGCGAUCGCCCGCGCCUCCACCGCCUGCGCCUCCUUCCGCCGCAUCAUCACCGCGCGCCCUUUCCUCCGCCGCUUCCACAAACUCCAUCCGCCGCCACUCCUGGGGUUCAUCGCCGACAAAGGUGGCUUCCACCCCGCCGGGGAACCCCAUCCCUCCGCCCCGCUUGCCCGUGCCCUCGCAGGCGCCGCAGAUUUCUCCUACUCCUUCGUCCCCAAGCCCAACGAUGGACCGCGCAGUCCCUGGUGUCCCCGUGACGUCCGCGACGGCCGCGUCCUCCUCGAGUGCGGCGACUGCGGCCACCAGUUCGGAACCAGUUCUGUCUUCACACGCCUGGCGGUGUGCGAUCCCUUGUCUCGGAGAUACGUGCUGCUCCCACCCAUACCUACAAAAAUGACAGUCCAGCAGGAGCGCCUUCUUGAAUUCGAGCCUAUGCUCGCUCCCAUUGGCGAUGAUGGGGAUGAGGAUGAGACCUCGUUCAAGGUGAUCUGCACAGCGUACUACAAAAUCAAGCUGGUGGCGUUCGUCUUCUCUUCUGUCACUGGACAAUGGUAUAUUGCUGCAUCUCCCAGCUGGAGAUCUUUGGGCACAGUUGAGCCCUCUUGGAAACGGAUGUACCGUUUCAACUGCUUGCGUGGCUGCUUCUACUGGACAUCUCUUUGGUGCGACAAGUUGAAGUUGCUCGUGCUGGACACGGGCACAAUGAAGUUUUCCACCGCCGAUGUUCUCGCUGACCAUUUGCAGCUUACAAAUCAGCCUCGACAGAGCGUAUGCAUGUCCACCGUCGUUGAGGGUACAGAAGGAGCCCUUGAGAUGUUUACUCUCGUCGGUAUUGAAGAACCUACCUCGUUUUAUCUCUAUCAUACCACUCAACAAAACAACGGUGCAUCUUCCAGCAAGUGGCAGCAGAAAAAUGUUAUAGCGUUGCCUCGCGGAUGUCUUUAUUUCACAGUGGGUGCAACUGAGGGAUUCUUAUUUCUUCGUUGUGUUGGAAGAGCUCAGUGGGAUGAUACUUUACACAGGUUCGUGUUGGGCUUGGGUAAGGAUGUUGAAUUCUUUUCUCUGGAUGUCAAGACUUUUGAACUGAAGCAGGUCUGUAGAGCAACAUACUAUAAUUUCCCCACUCGUGUUCACUCCUACUUUGGCUUCCCACCACCAUUGUCGAAACCAAGCCUAUGAACUGCAAAGCGGUAAGCCUGUUUUUCACGGUAGUGCUUCUUCUGUUGGAUAUUCUCUCCUGUGAAUUUGUAAAUAGCAAGCUUAUUAUGUUUGUAUUUAUGAAUUAUGGUGCUUUUCUGCCCCAAUUUGUAAUGUAAAAAAGUAAAUUGCUCCAUGUUUCUGGGAGAACUUAUCAUACCUGGAAAGCUGCCAUGGUUUGUUUAUGUA